AUGGCUCCCGGGGCCCUGGGGCCGGGGGUCCCGCUGCUGCUGCUGCUGCUGCUGCUGCUGCUGCUGCUGCCGCCGGCGCCGGUGCCCCCCCCGGCCGGUGCCCACCCGCAGUGCCUGGACUUCAAGCCCCCUUUCGGGCCCCCGCGGCCGCUGGCCUUCUGCGCCUCCUACUCGGGCCUCGGCUGCUGCCACGCCGGCCGCGACGCCGCCCUCGCCCGCCGCUACGACGAUGCCCUCGCCCGCCUCCGCCCCGGAGCCCGCCGGGCCUGCGCCGCCUACCUGCGCGACCUGCUCUGCCAGGAAUGUUCACCAUAUGCCGCUCACCUGUUCGACGCCGAGGACCCUGCCACGCCGGUGCGGACAGUGCCUGGCCUGUGCGGCGACUACUGCAGGGAGUUAUGGCUGAAGUGCCGCUCAGUGGUCAGACUCCUGUCCCCGGACAAGGAGCUCUUGGCCCUGGAGAACAACCAGGCUAAGUUCUGCCACUACCUGGGCCUCGACGAUGCCGACUACUGCUUCCCGCACCUGCUGGUCAAUGAGAAACUGAACCUGAACCUGGGCCAGGUGAGGGAGGAUGCCGAGGGAUGCCUCCAGCUCUGCCUAGUGGAGGUAGCCAAUGGGCUCCGGAACCCGGUGGCCCUGGUCCAUGCCGGGGACGGCACCCACCGCUUUUUCGUGGCCGAGCAGGUGGGGCUGGUGUGGACCUACCUCCCCAACCGGUCCCGUCUGGAAAAGCCAUUCCUGAACAUCAGUGAGGCCGUGCUUACCUCCCCGUGGGAGGGGGAUGAGCGAGGCUUCCUCGGGAUUGCCUUCCACCCCCGGUUCAGGCACAGCGGGAAGGUGUAUGUCUACUACUCAGUGGAAGUCCGCUUCGAGGAGAGGAUCCGCAUCAGCGAGUUCAGGAUCUCCCCCGAUGACAUGAACACAGUGGACCACAGCUCGGAAAGGAUCAUUCUGGAGAUUGAAGAACCAGCAUCGAACCACAAUGGGGGAGAGCUGCUGUUUGGAGAUGACGGUUAUCUUUACAUAUUUACUGGAGAUGGGGGCAUGGCCGGGGAUCCUUUUGGAAAGUUCGGAAAUUCUCAGAACAAGUCCGCCCUGCUGGGCAAAGUGCUGCGCAUCGACGUGGACCAGAAUGACCGCGGACCCCUCUACAGGAUCCCUCCCGACAACCCAUUCGUGGCCGACACCUCCGCCCGUCCCGAGGUCUACGCAUUCGGCGUACGGAACAUGUGGCGCUGCUCCUUCGACCGGGGAGAUCCUGUUACCGGAGAGGGACGUGGGCGGCUCUUCUGUGGCGACGUGGGGCAGAAUAAAUUUGAAGAGGUGGACAUUGUCGAAAAAGGGAAGAACUAUGGCUGGCGAGCCCGGGAAGGCUUCCACUGCUACGAUAAAAAGCUGUGCGCUAAUUCAUCUUUAGAUGACGUGCUUCCCAUUUACGCUUACCCACACAAGAUGGGGAAGUCGGUGACGGGAGGCUAUGUCUAUCGGGGCUGCGAGUCCCCAAAUUUGAAUGGCCUGUACAUUUUCGGUGAUUUUAUGAGUGGGCGUUUAAUGUCACUCAAAGAGAAUCAUGCCACUGGGCAGUGGCAGUACACUGAAAUCUGCAUGGGCCAAGGGCAGACCUGCAUGUUCCCUGGGAUGAUCAACAACUACUAUCAGCACAUCAUCUCUUUCGGUGAAGAUGAGUCAGGGGAACUUUACUUCAUGUCAACUGGUGUACCAAGCGCCACCUCUGCCAGUGGAGUAGUUUAUAAAAUGGUGGACACCUCAAGGAGAGCACCUCCAGGCAAAUGUCAGAUUAAGCCUUCGCCGGUCAGAGUGAAGAGCAGGAUCAUCAGCUUUGUGGCGAAGGAAAAGUUCAUCAGGAAAACAGAAAGGCCCCAGCCCCGGCCCACCACAAGAGCCCCACGACCCAGCCGCCCCACCACACUGCCCCUCACCGUUGGGACCCCUGACUGGGCCGAACAGAUCCUGCAACUCCUCCGCAACCGGACUGCGAGUGUGGCCGCUUCCACAGAACCCCCGGCCAGGCGGGCCCCGGGCCGGGGCAGUGGCAGGAGAGGGGAGAGGAAGAAGAACCGCCCCUCCCCGCCACCUCCUCCCCUCCCCAGCGGAGCGGUGAGACUGCUCGACGGGCAGGCCCGGGGUAGAGACCGAGGCCGUGUGGAGAUCUUCAUCCACGGGCGCUGGGGGACUGUGUGUGAUGACCAGUGGGACUCCCGGGAUGCAGCCGUGGUCUGCCGCCAGCUGGGCUUCCCUCAUGUCAUCAGGGCUGCCAAGAGGGCUGAGUUUGGGGAAGGGCAGGCUCUCCCCAUUCUCCUGGAUGAUGUGCAGUGCAACGGGCAGGAGGAGAGCCUCCUGGACUGCAACCAUUUGGGCAUAGGGAAGCACAACUGUGCCCACGAUGAGGAUGCAGGAGUGGUGUGUGGCUACAGAGACCCGGAGGCCUAGGCAGCUCAAGAACUCGAGUCGGGUCAGAGGAAACCAGACCCAAUCCAGGGAAUCCUGCUGGCUCGGUUGCUCUGCAGGGUGGGUUCCCCUAUGCACUGCAUGAGUUUGUGUGGGUUUGUGUGAGUGUGUUUGCAAGGAUGUGAGGGUGUGAGAUUUUUAUCUCUGUCUGCUCAGAGGCAUUGGGAGCAGCUUCCCUGACCAAGAACUGUCUGUUCUUCCCCCUUUUCUCUCCAGGAAUUCCUCUGGCAUCAGCUUGGGUCAAAGCCUGCUCUAUCCAUUCCACCGUCAGAUAGUUUUGGCUCCCACCCCCCUACCCCAUUCCCCUUGUCUAGGACCCUUGUCUAGGAGAUACGGAGAGAGGUCACACCCAGAACACCCCCCAUAUUCCAGGGGAAGCAAAGGAAUCGUCCAGUAGUCACUGACCCUUGACUUUUUACUGUCUAACUUUCCAUGGCAAAGGUCUCUUUGAUUUCAGAAAUGCUCUAAAUUGAGGGCCCAGAAAGGUUGGUGGCACCGGGUCAGAUCAACUCGUGGUCAUCUUCCGUGGCAUACUAGGGUAGCAGUGUAAUCUAGAGGAAAGACCAUAGGUCUGAGAGCCAAGAGACUAGGCUGCCAGCUGGUCUCGGGCAAGUCACUUAAGAUCUCUGUUUCCCCACCAGACUCUCCAACUUCACAGGGAUGUUGUGAGAAUAGAAUGAGAUAACUAAUGAGGGGAUUUUUUGGAAAACGCAGAAGUGCCGUGCAAAUUCAAGAUAGUAUUCUGUGCAUCCCUCAGGGAUGAAGCAUUACGGGCUCUGUCCCUAAAGAUCCCCAAACUUGGGAAGGUAACAAUUGUUUCAAUAGUGGGAAUAUUGUAUGAAGAAGAUUGAAGUGUUUUUGUUCUUGUGACAGGAAGAUGCUGGGACAAUAGAGGAGAUGAUGGUUGUGGGGAGAGGGAAAGAGAAAGAGUGUGGGAGAGAGGGAGACAGGAGAGAAAGAGAGAUUAGUAUUAGCUGUUAGCACUCUGUUAGCACUCUGCUCCACUCGUUUUAGAAAGUUCAUCUGGGAAAUGGCAGUGUUCCCUUCAGUUGAAAGAAGUGGUCCUAGAUUGCAAAGCCUCAGCCACUUCAACAAACUCCCUGUGUACUUACUGCUUCUCACCCUUUCUGUGCCCCUUCUGUUAACACCCUCCCUCCAGCUUCAUUUGAGAUUGUGGAUAAAACUUUCAUCUGUAUGAGACAAGGUCCCGAUCUUUUGCCUGGCUUGAGCUCCCCCUGUUCUUUCCAGCCAGUGCAGUGGUUGGGUAAUUGUGCUCAAGGCUUGUACCAAGUGCGAUCUGGAGUGUGGGAUUCAUGCCAGUCUCCAAGCUGAAGACUGCCUUGUGCCCCUCUGGUACUGCUGAGAUCCUCGUUUCCCGUUCCAAUUUCCUUACCACCGUCUGCUUCUUACUGAGUUCAUUUUUCAGGUUUUAUGUCCUUUUUCACAUCUUUGUCUAAACUCUUAGAGGGGAGCACUGGGAACCAGCUGCCAGACCCACCAGAUGAGGCUGCAUGGGAGACAUUGGUUAAAGCUUUGGAUUAAAGGUGCCAAAGCAGUGAUAAAGUGAUCUCAAACUCUAA